AUGGAUCAUCCGAAAGAAGGUUCCGGGGAAUCCGGGAUGCCUCCCUCUGCUUCUGGAGCUAAACUACUGAAAGUUAAGCAAGAAGUCGGAGCCAAGAUGAGGAAGGGGAAAAAGACAGCCAGGGAGGCAAUCGCGACCAGAGUUUCUAAACGGAAGAAGAAAGACGAUUCUAGUGGGAGCAGUCCUCACUCGCCUUCGUUGCUGAAAAAUCAAGACGUGGUUAACCUCAUGGUUCAAGCUCUCGGCCAAAAGGAGCUUGGCCGUGCCUGUAAUUCCGACGAAACCCCCGAGACCGCUCCGGAGGGUUGGUUCUGUUGCCAUGAGAAGUACAUCUCCAAGUCUCACUUGAGAUUUCCUCUUCCGACCCUACUGCUUGAUCUACUAGAUCAUUAUCAGUUAGCCCUUUCCCAACUCUGUCCCUCGGUUAUCCGGGUGAUAAACGGCUUUAUCACUAGGUCCAAAGAGGAGGGGGUUAGCGUCGGUCUUACCGAACUUAUGAGCCUCUUUUCCCUGAAGGAAAGCGCCUCUAAGGAGGGUGGUACCGGGACCUACUACCUCCCUAGUCGUCCCAAUCAUGUUAUCUUCAGAUUCUCUAGUAGUGAUGAUGACUGGAGGAAGAAGUAUUUUUACGUUAAAGUUGAUCCUUCGACGGUUCCUGUGGGUCGGAACCUUAGGGUCACUUGGACUAAUCCAUCUGAAAUCGAAGAUCCUCCGAAGCUCUCUACCAAGCUCACCAGGGCUCUAUACCGCAAGUUGCAGCAGAGUCCCUGUACCUGGGUAGCCUACACCACUUCUCGAAUAAGUGCAGCCAGAUUCCCAGAUACCUACAACGCCUCUUUCCAAGAUCCCAUUCCUGCUGAGAACCUUGAGAUUUCGGCAGGCGAUUCAGUUGUAUCGAUCUCAACUGGUGCUAGUGCUUCGGGAACUGAAAAGUCUCAGCCAGGUGACAUGACUCUGCGACCAUCAUUCCGUUCUAGGGGUAACCCCUCUAAAGCUGCCAGUGCUUCUCGUGGAAGCGACAGGAACCAAGGAGGAUCGUUCCUUAUCUCAAUGAAGGAAGUUUUGGACGACGGAGGAUCCAAACCUGUUGUCGAGACUACUCCAACUGAGGUUGUAGCUCAGGAUGCUGCUCCUCUCCCUGAGGUCCAGGUGCCGGAGGCUGACUACCAGGCUCCGAAGGGUACCUCUGAGGUCGAGCCGUCGAGACACAAGAGGCCCAGGACCGAUCAGGGCGGAGCUCCCACCCGUUCUUCUUCCUCGUCCUCUAGAGGAGGGACUGUUGGGUGGAGCUUUACCCAUUCGAAGCCUGGGUCGAUCCUGGACGACUCUUGGGGCCUAGCUGCGAUAAUGAGGCACCUGAAGAGCGUGGGAUGUCCCCUUCCAGCGCUCAAGGACCUGACUAACCGAGAUGAGUAUCUCGAUAUUGCCCACUGUAUGGGUCAGUUGGCUGGGGCUGUUAACAGGGCCCAGCUCAGGUUUGAGAAUGCUCUGUGUGCUGCCCCCAAUGCUGGUGAACUUGCUGAGGUUACCGAGAUGGUUAAGGCAGCCAAAGCCGAUCUUGACCAAGCCCGGGUUCGAAUUUCUGAACUCGAAGCCGAAGUGACGAGGCUAGGCUCGAAGGCCGAUGCUCAGCAAGGAGAGAUCGAGAGUCAAAAGCUCGAUAUCCAGGUGAAGAGCAGGAGGAUCAAUGAUUUGGAGGCUGCUCGAAAGAUAGCUGAGCAUCAAGUACGUGAGCUCAUUGCCUCAUCCCAGGAUAGCCAGAAGAACAAGGAAGCUGAAGUCAAGCUGGCUGUCAGGGAAGGGAAGAAAGAAGUCGCCGAAGCUUACGGCAAGAUCCUGGUCUGUGUUAAGGAGAAGUUUGCUAGGAAGAAAGAUGAGGUCAACGCCUUGGUGUACGCUCAGGAGCUCCAAGCUAAUGCCGACCUCUUGAAGGAUAUGCUGAACAACAAGAUCCAAAGCGUUGAAGAGGAGUACAACCAAUUGGUGGCCUUAUUACCAGAAGCGACAACUGCGUAUGAGAAGGCUCAAGUCUCUGACUUCUCGGUCAGCAAGCUUCCUCUUCCCCAGAUCUCGGAGAGUUCAGCUCCAGUCGAGGCAGCAAUAGGAGGUGAUGGCAAUGUGGUCGAUGAGGGAGUUCCUGCCGGUGCUGGUGAUCCGAUUCAGGAAGAGAAGGAAGAUUGAGAGCUACGGCUCUUUUAGCUUUAUGUUUUGUGUUUUUAAGACUUCGGCCUAAGGGCUUUGUUUCGUUAUGCAUUAUGACUUAGUGCCUGAGGAGGCCUUUAAACCUUAACACUUGCUGGAUUUCAAUAGCCUGGGGAGGCUCUUAAACCCUUUCUUAUGUUUAAAUCGUGGCUAUUAUUUCUGUUUUAAGUUUUUGAACUUAACCUCGUUUCAUUUAAUCAUAGUGAUUGCGAA